AACGUCAGCUGUCAAAUCGGAAAUAUUUACGUCAGCCACGUUGGAAGUGCCAACUCGGUGUUUUUAUGUUGGUAUAGUGGAUUAUCAAUCACGAUGAAGCUGAAGGAGUUGAAGAAGACCGUGAAUAUGAGCUGGUCGCCGGCGGGGAUGCAGCAGGUUCUGCUGGCGGCUGGCUCGGCGGCGCAGCAGGUGGACUCUUCCUUCAGCUCGUCCUCGCAGUUGGAGCUGUACGCUUUGAACUUGGACGACCCCGGGAUGGAUCUGGAGCUGAAGUCGAGCGUUACAACACAGCACAAGUUUCAGAAGCUAGUGUGGUCUGACUCUGGCAUAUUAGUCGGUGGCUGUGACGGCGGCCUACUGGAGUUCUACAACGCUGACAAACUGCUCAGCAACACCAGUGAUGCACUGAUUGGGAGCAGCACCAAACAUAGUGGCCAAGUGUCAGCGCUGGACAUCAACCCGUACCAGAAGAACCUGCUAGCCUCUGGUGCGUCUGAGAGCGAGAUCUUCAUCUGGGACCUCAACAACACCAGCCAACCCAUGGCGCCCGGCAACCGUAGCCAGCCGCCCGACCACGUGCAGGGCCUGGCGUGGAACCAGCAAGUUCAACACAUUUUAGGAUCCACAUUUGCCACAAGAUGUGUAGUCUGGGAUCUGAGAAAGAAUGAACCUAUUAUGAAACUGAGCGAUGCCACAUCUCGCACGCGUUGGCGCUCGCUGGCGUGGCACCCGGGCGUGGCCACGCAGCUGUGCGUCGCCUCCGAGGACGACCAGGCGCCCGUGCUGCAGCUGUGGGACCUGCGGUUGGCGGCGUCGCCGCUUCUCACGCUGGAGGGACACCAGAAAGGUGCCCUCGCGUUGUCGUGGAGCCGCCACGACCCUGACAUGUUGCUAUCGGCUGGCAAGGACGGACGCAUCCUGUGCUGGAACCCCAACAACACUGCGCAGCCGGGCGGCGAGCUGGUGAUGGAAGUGGGUCAGCAGCGGCAGUGGGUGUUCGAGGCGCGCUGGUGCCCGCGCGCGCCCGGCCUGCUGGCCGCCGCGUCCUUCGACCAGCAGCUGGCCGUCCACACCGUGCUGCCCACGAGUCGGCCAGAAGUGACCAGCCAGUCCCAAAACAACAUAAUGGAGUCGUUCGGCGGCUUAGAAUCGUUCAGCCAACUGCCCGCGGUGCAGCGCGAGCCACAGAACGUGGCCCAGACGCCGCGACAACUGCCGCAGCCCAGCAGAGCGCCUGCGUGGUUGAGGAGGCCUGUCGCUGCUAAGUUUGCUUUCGGCGGUAAAUUAGUUACAUUCGAAAAAUGCCCACAAGAAGCCGGCCCACAAAAAAUGGUGUACGUCAGUCAAGUGGUGAGCGAUCCCGAGGUGAUCGAGAAGGCAGCGCAGCUGGACGCAGCGCUGGGCCCCGGCCUCACCUACGACCCGCAGAACGCACAGCACUUCGCCGAGUAUUGCCGCGCGCGCGGCGACGCGGCGAGCGAUCAGCACGAGCGCUACACGUGGUUCUUCCUGCGCGCCAACUUCCUGCCCAACUUCAGAGAAGAGGUGCUGAACUUGCUCGGGUUCAAACAAGACGAUAUCCCGUCGAAGUUCAAAAGCAACGGCGUUCCCGGCGACGGCACGCAGCCAGAUGUCGCCGCUCUCAGCCGCGGCGAGUCCACGGAGACGGAGGCAGAGCUGUCCACUGACACCAGCACCGAUUUGUCGGAUGCCACAACCCUGAUCGAGAGAAAACUAGCCAACGUGGACAUCGGAACUGCUGUCACGAACGUAGUCAUACCUAACGGGGAAGACCCGACAAGCCUGAUCUGCCGCGCGCUGAUCUGCGGCAACUUGGAAGAAGCCGUGGAGCUGUGCCUGGACGCCUCGCGCGUUGCUGACGCACUCAUCAUCGCUUCUCUUGGCAGCCAAGAGCUCCUGUACAAAGUGCAGAAGUACCACCUGAAGCAAACGGCGUCGGACCCGGUGUCCCUGAUAUCGGGCAGCUUACUCCAGUCCCGAUGGGACACGCUAGUACAGUCGGCGUCGCCUCGCAACUGGCGGGACACGCUGGCCGCUAUUGUCACGCACUGCGACGGCGAGGCGCUGGCGCACUACUGCGAGAUGCUGGGCGACAAGUUAUCUGCCGAGUCGGAGCCAGCACUAAAGGAGGCAGCCUCCCUGUGCUACCUAUGCGCUAUGUCUCCGUCGCCGCUAGCUGCUUUAUGGGCGCGGCGCGUGGACGCGGCCGAGCGCGUCCUUUUAGCCGGCCGGGCUGCUGCCGCGAGAGGUCGUCAGUGGCAGAACGGCGACAAGCUAGAAGCGGUCCUCGUGGAGUACGCGUCGCGGCUGGCGGCGCAGGGCUGCCUGCAGAGCGCGCUCAGCUCGCUGCAGGGCCUGGCGCACACCGAGCUGCGGGAGCGCCUCGAGCGCGCGACCGGGCUCCCGCGGCCCGCCGCCCAGCAGCUACCAGGCCAGUACACACGCAACCGUACCGUGAGCUCGCACUCACAGAAGCGAGGUCACUUGACCGCACACAGCGACAAUAACUCAUACGGUGGAGUGAGUGCGCCUCACGUAUACCAGCAACCGUGGAACGAACCGCCCGCGCCCGCCGCCCCCUUCCCACCGCAGCCCCCGCGUCCCGGCAGCGUCGGGCCUCAAUCAGGUGGUCUAACGUCCCGCUCGAAGUACAAAGUGGACCCGUCCGUACAGUCGGCGCCGCUGUACAACCAGUACAGCUUCAACAACCCGGCCGCCGCGCAGACCUACGGGUAUAACAGUCCCCUGCCGGACCAGUACAGUUCUGCCAGCGUUCCCAACCCUGGUUACGCGUCGGUCACCAAUCCCGUCAACUCCAUCAACCCACCGCCCCUGAACCCUAUCAACCCUCCAUCUUUGAACCCCGUCAAUACCGCCCCACUAAAUCCCAUGAACCCAGCUCCCCUCAACCCACUAAAUACCGCGCCACUUAACCCAAUGAAUCCUGCCCCACUUAACCCUAUGAAUCCCGCUCCACUUAACCCUAUGAAUCCCGCUCCACUUAACCCUAUGAAUCCUGCUCCACUUAACCCUAUGAAUCCCGGUAUAAACCCUGUGAACCAGGGUAAUCAGAACGGGUAUUACCAAGAGUCCGCAGUGCCGGUCAAACCCGCUGCACCAGGGUGGAACGACCCACCUAUGCUCACUUCUAAACCUAAGUGGGUAUAUCGGUUUUACUCGCAAAGGUCGGUGCUGCCGCGCCACUGCGAUGAUGAUGUGAUGUAUAGUUGCUCUUGUGUCGGCCAGCCAAGCGGCGACAUGUCGGCGCUGCACGCGGGCACGCGCCAGUGGAGUCAAAUUAAUAAAACAAGCCCUCUUUUUUCCUAUCAGCCGAAGCAAGAGGUUCAAGCGCAAGCCCCGAUCACCCAUCCUCUGUUUGGAGUCGAACCGCCACAGCACAUACCGCUAGCGCCGAACAACCAAUACCCGGGUCAACAACAAUAUCCGGGUCAGGCAUACCCAGGUCAACAGCAGAGCCAGGUGUACCCGGGUCAGCAGCAGAACCAGAUGUACCCGGGACAGCAACCUGUGCAGCCGUACCCGGGACAGCAAUACGCAGGUCAACCGUACCCGGGGCAACAGGCAACUAUGCAGUAUCAAGAUCAAAUGAAUCCUGCAUUCCAAGGAGGGCGGGAGAGCCCAGCGCAACCGGCGGUGCCCCCACCAGCCCCUGUGAAAGCGCCCAUUCCCGAACAAUACGCUGCCAUGGUGGGCGUGUUCGACGCGCUGCGUAACGAGUGCUACAACAGGGCUAACAACCCGCAAAUGAAACGAAAGUUAGAAGACGUGCAAAGGAGGCUAGAAACAUUGUACGACAUGCUGCGUGAGCACAGGCUGUCCGAAAACGCGUUAUCUACCCUCCAAACGUGUGCUUCGCUCGCUGCGCGCGCCGACACAGAAGGCGCUGCUCACGCAGUCACUAGUCUCGCCGCGGGAGCUGAGUUCGCGGCCGUGGCCAGCUUCCUUCCAGCACUCAAAGGCUUGCUACAGCUGGCCCAGCAUCUACAGGUGCAGUUGCAAUAGCUGGCGACUACAGCUGGAGAAAAAACGGCUAUAAUAGCUGUGUCACAGAGGCCGAAAUUGUAACUUGUUUCAAGCUCUGUAAAACAUAGUCAAUAAGAGACUCCUCCAAGUUGCUCAGGAAAAGCUGUAACUUAUUCUACAGCUCUAUGAGUUAGCAUAAUUCGUGGCAUUGUCAAUAAGGGACUUUUGCUAGUUGCUUAGGCAACAACUGUACCACAGCUUAGUGAGUUAUAGGGACUUUUGCAAGUUGCUUAGGCUACAACUGUACCAUAGCUUAGUGAGUUAUAGUUUGAGGGACUCCUGCAAGUUGCUCAGGUAACAGCUGUAACUUAUUCAACAGCUCUAUGAGUUAGCAUAAUUCGUGGCAUUGUCAAUAAGGGACUUUUGCAAGUUGCUUAGGCUACAACUGUACCACAGCUUAGUGAGUUAUAGUUUGAGGGACUCCUGCAAGUUGCUCAGGAAACAGCUGUAACUUAUUCUACAGCUCUAUGAGUUAUAAUUCGCGGCAUUGUCAAUAAGGGACUUUUUCAAGCAGCUGAGGCAACAGCAGUUCCACAGCUUAGUGAGUUAUAGUUUGAGUGACUCCUGCAAGUUACUCAGGAAAAGCUGUAACUUAUUCUACAGCUCUAUGAGUUAGCAUAAUUCGUGGCAUUGUCAAUAAGGGACUUUUGCAAGUUGCUUAGGCUACAACUGUACCACAGCUUAGUGAGUUCUAGUUUGAACAACUCCUGCAAGUUGCUCAGGUAACAGCUGUAACUUUUUCCAUGACUGUGAGUAAACAAUCAAUAAGAGACGCCUGAAAAUUGCUCAGGAAACAGCUGUAUCUUAUUUCACAGAUUUGUAAGUCGUAGUUUGGGCGACUCCUGCAAUUUGCUCAGGUAACUAACUUAUUUGACAGCUCUGAGAGUAAACAUAAUCAUUAUCAUAUGUGACUCCUGCAAGUUGCUCAGGAAUCAGCUGUAAUAUAUUCCACAGCUCUGUGAGAUAUACUUUGAGCAACUCCUGCAAGUUGCUCAGGUAACCUUAUUCGACAGCUCUAAGAGUUUAUAGUCCGUGGCAUUGUCAAUAAGGGACUCCUGCAAGUUGUUCAGGAAACAGCUGUAACUUAUUCUACAGCUCUAUGAGUUAGCAUAAUUCGUGGCAUUGUCAAUAAGGGACUUUUGCAAGUUGCUUAGGCUACAACUGUACCACAGCUUAGUGAGUUAUAGGGACUUUUGCAAGUUGCUUAGGCUAUAACUGUACCAUAGCUUAGUGAGUUAUAGUUUGAGGGACUCCUGCAAGUUGCUCAGAUAACAGCUGUAACCCUUGCAGCCCUUAAAGGCUUGCUACAGCUGGCUCAGCAUCUACAGGUGCAGUUGCAAUAGCUAGCGAUUACAGCUGAAGAAAAACGGCUAUAGGAGCUGUGUUACAGAGGCUUUAGGUCCGGUAACUGUAACUUGUUUCAAGCUCUGUAAAACAUAGUCAAUAAGGGACUCCUGCAAGUUGCUCUGGAAACAGCUGUAACUUAUUCUACAGCUCUAUGAGUUAGCAUAAUUCGUGGCAUUGUCAAUAAGGGACUUUUGCAAGUUGCUUAGGCAACAACUGUACCACAGCUUAGUGAGUUAUAGAGACUUUUGCAAGUUGCUUAGGCUACAACUGUACCAUAGCUUAGUGAGUUAUAGUUUGAGGGACUCCUGCAAGUUGCUCAGGUAACAGCUGUAACUUUUUCCAUGGCUCUGUGAGUAUGAGGCUGAUGAGGCUCUGUAAAACAUAGUCAAUAAGAGACGCCUGCAAAUUGCUCAGGAAACAGCUGUAAUAUAUUCCACAGCUCUGCGAGUUAUAGACUGGGCGUCUUCUGCAAGUUUCUCAGGUUACAUCUCUGUUUGUUAGCACAGUUCGUUGCAUUGUCAAUAACGGUCUCUUGCAAGUUACUCAGGCAACAGCUGUAACUAAUUCUAUAGCUAUAUGAUUUAGCAGAGCUUGUGGCAUUGUCAAUAAGAAACUGCUGCAAGUUGCACAGCAUCUCUUUAAUUAACUACCAUGGAGUUAUUAUAGUUUGUGGCGUUGCCAGCUUACUACCUGUUAAACGAUGUAACCUGAAUGAUCAGUAGUUACAAUAUGGUGACUAAAAUCAGAGACUGAUUCCAAAUCUUCCCGUAGCUUGCGAAUUUUGUAGCUGAUUUCAGUUACUGACAGGUUACUUAAAGUGUUUCUUAUCUAAUUAAUUCUAAAACUAGCUACUAAUACAAAGUAAUUGGUAGUGUAGCAAUCAGCUCACAGUGUAAUAAUAGUAGGCUGGCAAAGCUGUUAAUCUAUAUUGAAUAUGUAUUAUAAACUAGCCAUCUACUGAUUAAUAUCCAGUUAUAGUAAUAUUUAGGCAUAAAUUAUACUAAAUUACUUGUGUACUUGCAAUGUAUAGGUACUUAUGUAAACUUAUUUAUAAAUGGCGCUGCAGAGCUUAUUUGUAGAUCCAGUAAACGCUGCUUCUGCAGUAUACUUGACUUACUGGUAGAUUAGAGUUUCAGUCGUUAUAAUGUACUACAUAAUUAAAAUCUAAACUGCAUCUUACUUAACAUCAGGUGCGAUUGUGGUCAAAUACCUGCCUUGGUAUGCAUUAAAAAAAUCAGUGCACUUAAAUCAUCAUACAAAGUAUUAAAACAAUAGUCAGAUUAUGGCAUUAAAAUGGUUAUAUCUGACAGCUUAAAUUACAUUAUCUAAUUAGAAUGGAGUAGUCGAGAAGAAAUAAUUCAUUAAAACAUUAAAUAAGCUAAUAUCUGUCUGUAGUAGAUCUAAAGGUAAUUGUAUUAGUCUAAAACUAAAGGUAGGUUAAAAAGUAGGUUACUUCUUUCUCUAUGAAGAAUACAACGUUAUAUGUUAGCUAAAAAGCUGCAUGAAUAAGUAGUUUAGAUGAAUUUAGAUAUUGAAUUUUUUUAGAGUUUCUUUGAAAAAGUCAAAUGAUUAUUUCUUCUCGAAAACUUCCAAUUUUAUACAAUUUACACAUACCCAUUUUCACUUUUGUACUGAUAUUAUCAACAUGUAUAAAGUAAUAUAAAUAAAUAAUUUAGUAAGUAAAGAGGCAGAAUAGUUAAGACGUUUUGGUAAAAGUAAAUUUAGAUAGUACAGCUAAGAGCAAAAUUAUUUUCCAUUUGCCUUAUAUUGUAAAAUAUUAAGGACCAGUUUUGAAUUUGAGUCAACAAUUGUGUCGUAGUCGAGUUUGAGUCAGUAGACUCACUUUAAAUGAAGUUGAAUCAAAUCUUAAUCAUAAGACAUUAUGACGUCAGCACAUUAGGCUAUACGUGAUGUCAUACUUUCAAAUUAUGAAAGAAAAAUACAUGUUGCAAAUUUACUCCUAUAACAACUACUUAAUGCCAUUUUCACUUGAGGUGUCAUCGUACGUUCCUUGAUUUGUAUUAGAAAUUAAUCAAUGAAAUGUUUGUUUUAAACUAAUUAGAUAAACAAUAAAAGCAUUUAUUUGAAGUAUCAUAUUUAUUGAUUUUAUUGAUUGUAAUAUUAAUAAAAUUUAAUCAUUAUAAAUUGCGAUAUAUUUUACCAAUAAUAACAAAAAGCUAGGCCACUGAAGGAAACUGUAAUCUAUGCAUAUUGCAUGUAUGUAAAUCAUGCGUAUAGUUUAGUUUUCGUUUAAAGGAUGUUUUAAAAUUAUUUUGUGACCUAAGCUAUUAUUAUUGUUGGGUAAAGACGACAUAAGAAUCGAAACUAAAGUAGAUGCAAGUGUUAUUAUGUUGCAAUAAAUAAUUCCCAGUUUCGAUUGUAAAGGUGAGUGCAUAUUUGAUCGUAUAUUUAUUGACCUAAUUUAAAAGUUACGUUAAUGUCAUAC